AUGUUCUUCCAAGCGACCCUCGCGCGCUCCUUCAUCAACGCGCUGUCUCUUCGCGGGGACGACGACGUUGUGGACCGACUCAACUAUUACUACACGCCGAUCAUUCUCAGCAUCGCAUGCCUCAUCAUUAGCGCCAAACAGUACGGUGGUACGCCGAUCGAGUGUUGGGUGAAUCCGCAUUCCCGUGAGAGUAUGGAAGAGUACAUCGAGAGCUAUUGUUGGAUUCAAAACACCUACUGGGUUCCCAUGUACGAAAACAUCCCGGACGAUCACACUACCAGAGAAGAGAAGCAAAUCGGAUACUACCAAUGGGUGCCGUUCAUUCUUAUUGCUGAAGCACUCAUGUUCUCAAUGCCGUGUAUUUUUUGGCGACUACUUUCAUGGCAAUCCGGUCUCAAUAUCCAACACCUCAUCAACGCAGCUUGCGACACUCAGGCUAUUGUCGACCCCAUGGAGCGCCAAAAGGCUAUUCAAGCGCUUUCUUCGUGCUUCGUCGACAAUCUCGAUCUACAGUCACCAAAUAAUGACUUACGACGAAGCUUUAUUGCCAAAUUCAAAUGCAAGAGGCGACUAAAAAAUCCGACGAGUAUCUUUUCUUUGGAUUUCAGAAAGCUAUUCAUAGAAGGAAAAAACUAUGAAAAAUUUCAGGUGCUACAAGAUCUGAUGAAUGGUAAGCCAUGGACGGAAUCUGGACACUUUCCGCGUGUCACUCUUUGUGACUUCGAAGUGCGGUACUUGGCAAAUCUGAACAGGUACACUGUGCAAUGCGCUCUUCUUAUCAACAUCAUCAAUGAGAAAGUGUUCGCCUUCCUUUGGUGCUGGUAUCUGCUUCUUGUCAUCAUCACAAGCCUUUCUACGUUUUGUUGGUUGAUGAACAUGUUGCUGCCUUCAGAAAAGAUCGACUACGUUUUCAAAUUUAUGCAAAUUGCUCACUCAAGCGAUAUAAAGAAAAAGAUUAAAUUUCUCAAGGUAAGCUCUCAAGUUAUUUAUCCCAGUUUCUUUACUUGUUUCUCAGUUUUAACACAUAAAUCUGUUUAA